UCUCGCACGUCGCUGAAAUUCAGUUGAUCGUAAUCUUGAAACCCUUUUAAUGUAUUAAUACCUAAAAAAAGUGUUAGAAAAUAUUUUACGAUUAAUUGAAAUUCAAAUGAAGAUUUCAAUUCAAAUUAGAACAAUCGAUUCACUGUUCGAUAUUAUCUAUCAAAACGCACGUGGACAUGGCGACACUAUAAAUAUUAGUAGCCGUGAUAACCUUAACAGUGUCUGCAAUUUGUCACAAUAUUAGAAGUAAUUUGGUUUCGUACAUAUAAAAAAGUCACGAAUAUGUCCAUAUAUAAGGAAAUAAGUGAAAACUUUAUGGCUCAAAUUUAUGAACUGGAAGCUUUGCAAUCCGUUUACCCAAAAGAAUUACGAAUUACAGAUCAUGGAGUACUUGCUGACAUUAAUAAUUUUAUUAAGAGUCCUACAGAAGAACUUCCUCAAAGAUUGGAAUAUUCAAUUGAUCUUCCAUUGAAUGGUAUGAACGAUGGAACGAUUGAAUUGUUAGUUAGCUUGUCGAAUAAUUAUCCCAAAGAGAAGCCGGAGGUAUAUGCAAGGAGUUCCUUGUUACAUAGGACACAGCAGCUUCUUCUAAAUCAAGCAUUAUGUGACAUUGUAGAUCAUCAAGAAGAGGGUGAACCAUACAUCUACACGUUAAUAUCUUGGUUACAAGACAAAGGCGAAGAUUAUAUUAUAGCUUCUAAUGCAAUUCAGAGAAAGGAAUCGAAUAAUGGAUGCAAAAAUGAAGAACAGAAAUCUAUAAUCUUUGCUAGAUAUUGGAUAUAUAGUCAUCAUAUAUAUAAUAAAUUUAAAAGACAGGAGGUAAUCAAUUUAGCGAAAGAAAAUUCUCUUACAGGUUUUUCUAUGGCUGGAAAGCCAGGUGUUAUUUGCGUAGAAGGUGCCUAUGAAGACUGUGAAUAUUAUUGGCAAAAAAUCAAGUCAAUGAAUUGGCAGAAAAUAGUGAUACGAUUAUUAGAAAGGCAGGAGGAUUGUCAGAAUAUAGAUAGUAUGCGUCAAUUCAAUGACAUUAAAGAAAUAGCUUUUCCUACUUCUGAACGUCACAAUGAUCUAGGACAACUAUUAAAAUAUUUAACAGAUCUCAAUUUGCAACACGCAUUUAAAGAAUUAUUUGGACUCGAAGGUAAAGUUAGUGAAAUUCCAGAUUUAUAAGUGAUAAAUAUUUUUAAAAGAA